UUUCAGUGAGACUCAUUCAAUUGAACCUGAUCACGUGCUGAAAGUCUGCUGUAACAAUGAAGAAACAAAAGUCAUUUCCAAUGUCUGCUUAUGAGGAUUUGCUCGGAAAAAUCACUGCUCCAACUAUCACUGUUGAGAAUUGGGAGGGAAUUCUCGCAUUUUGUGAUAUGAUUAAUAACGACUUCGAGGGAUCGAAAACAGGAAUCAAAUCACUUCGUAAACGUCUCAACAAUCGUGAUCCUCAUGUUGUCCUUCUAGCGAUUUCUGUACUUGAUUCGUGUUGGGCAAACUGUGAAGAAAGAUUCAGAAAGGAAGUAUCGUCUGCACAAUUUAUCAAUGAACUCAAAGCUCUUUGUACAUCGAGUCAACGCCAAGUUGCUGAAAAAAUGCGAUUAACUGUUCAAAAAUGGGUGGAUACAGAAUGCAAAACUGAACAAUCACUGUCACUUAUCGUCACUCUUCACAAAAAUCUUGUUGCUGAUGGCUACUCAUUUGUUGUGGAUGAUCCAAAAAGUAAAACGAAAGCGAUUGAUGCAAAGUUUGCAAAUGAUCCGAAUUAUGUUGGAUCUGCUCAGGAAGAAGAAGCAAUCGCAAAAGCCAUUGCUGCUUCAUUGGCGGAUGCAGAGAAACAGGAAAAAGCAAAAAAAUCAACAUCCACAAUGUAUCCAUCAGCAAAAGCAAGUAGUCCAGCAGUUCAGACUAAUUCGAAUAUUCCGGAAAAGAAUGUUCGAGCGUUAUACGAUUUUGAGGCUGCUGAAAGCAAUGAAUUAUCUUUUGUUGCUGGAGAUAUUAUUACAAUUACUGAUGAAAGCAAUCCCCACUGGUGGACUGGUCGUAUUGGUACCCAACAGGGACUUUUCCCAUCCAGCUUCGUUACUAAUCAACUCGAUGAUCUAAAAUCAAAAGAGACGGAUUCAUCACAGAAAGCCCCAGAAGUUGUAGCCUCAAUUAAUGAAGCAAUCCUUGUUCGUUGUCUUCAAGUACUCCAUGAAUGUGAUCCUACCGGUGAACGACAGGAUCCAGAGGAUUUGGCCCAACUAGAAGCCGCCUCGUAUGCUCAAGGAAAUCUCAUUGAUGCACAUUUGGCUAGUAUUGAUCGACAGAGCAACUCUCUAGCACAAAUCGAUGUGGCUAUUCGUGAUGUGCUCGCACUUUAUGAUGAUGCGAUUCAGAAGGGAGGAUUUCAGCAUCAAAGUCAAGGAAUGUACCAACAACCAAUGCAACAGUACAACUAUCAGCAACCACCAAACCGAGCAUAUUACCCACCUACCGGUCCUGUCCAACAACAGCAGCCACAACAAUAUCCUCCACAACACUAUCCGGCUCCUGGAGCACAACCACAGUACGCAUGCCCACCGAAUUCUGUUCCCCAACCUCAACAACAGCAACAACAAUGGCCUGCUCCGUCUUCACAGCCUCAACAAUAUUAACUUUUUGAUUUGUUGUGAAUAUCACCUUUUCCUCCUUGAAUCUGUAACUAGUUCCAUUGAUAUUGUGAUCACUUCUAACUUAUUUUUCUCGAUUCGCCACCCGUUUCUGUAUAGUCUUUUGCUUCCUCGAGUUCUCGAUAAGAUAAAAAUGAAUUCU